GUUAUGAGACAGACAGCGUGGUAGGCAGCAUCACAGGCUGGAAGUGUUUGGUUUGAUGAAAUCAGGAAGUUGACGUUUUUCCUUUGCAAUCCGUGCUUGUGAGUGUUCCUUCGGCUAUUUUGUCUUCGGUUAAACUUUCACUUGUGGAUGUACCGAAGUUUAGCCUGUUCAAUGCUUUAGAAACGCAAAAUCAGUACCAUUCGACAGUGCUUGAACACUGCGGACAAUGCGCCCAUCUCUGACCAGUGUCUUCCACCACAGCAGUGACUCAGACUGGGACCAGUCCCACUGACCACCACCACCCUGUGCUGGGGCUCGUUCAGUCCUGCCCUGCUGUGGAGGAGGAGGCAUGUCCUACUGGUCAGUCGGCCUCUCCCUCUGUCCUCCCUCCUACCACAGCCCAUCUCUGACCAGUGUCUUCCACCACAGCAGUGACUCAGACUGGGACCAGUCCCACUGACCACCACCACCCUGUGCUGGGGCUCGUUCAGUCCUGCCCUGCUGUGGAGGAGGAGGCAUGUCCUACUGGUCAGUCGGCCUCUCCAAGGCCACUGGAGACACACAGAGCAACAACAUGGAGGAACAAGAGAAACACCAUCUUCAACAAGAUGGUUCUUUGGCAGUGGAGGACAUGGGAGCCAAGGCGUCUGCGAUGGGCAGCGGUGGAGCCUCCUCUCUGGGUCCGUCUCCAACCCUGGAGAACAUCCAGGCAGCGUACGGGGAAGGGGAGAGCAGCAGGGCCCGGGAGCUGAUCCAGCAAGCCUGCUGUGUGGAGUGUAGUGCAGCUAGUCCUCGGCUGGAGGGGCUGCGUCUCCUGUGUGUGGCCACCCAGCAUGGUGAUGCGGAGAGCGUGAGUUACCUCCUCCAUGAGGCCCAUGUGCCCCUGCCACUGGAGCCAUCGGAGGGGAACCCCGCCAUCCUGGCUGCCCACUAUGGACAUGUCAGCCUGGUCAGAGAGCUGCUCGACUCAGUACCAGGUCCGUGUGUCCACAGAGAUCUGUUGAACUGGAUGUUGGUGUCGGCGUGCCAACAGGGUCACCUGGAGGUGGUUAGAAUGUUGGUGCAGGGUUACCAUGCCGACGCUGAGGACUGUGCCAUCCACCAGGAGGAGUUUGCUGUCAUCACGGGGCUGCCUCUCUACGCUGCUGCACGCGCAGGUAAUGAGGAGAUAGCUAGGUUCCUGCUGCAGAAUGGCGCUGGGCUGUCCUCCUACACCCUGAUGGAUUAUCCAGCCUUCAGCAGACUGCUCGUUGAACAACGACUGGUAGAAGAAGCAGACACACACACAGAACCAGCGGGAGAAAAGCUACUAUGUGGCCGUUGGUCAGGUCUGAAGCUGCCGUGGUUGGAGCUGGACUGGUUCAUGGACGUGUCGUCCCGUAUCUCCCACCUGGACCUGUCCUGUAACAGCCUCAGCUCCCUGCCCUCCGUGGUUCCCUGGGGGCUCAUACAGCUGCGGACCCUAGACCUCUCCAACAACCUGUUUAAAGAGCUGCACACAGCACAGAGCUCACAGGAGAUCAUCUGUUCCAGACUUCGCCAGUUGAAUCUGUCUCAGAAUGAGUUGACCAGCUUGCCGUCCGGACUGCUCCAUCUCACCAGAGUCCAGAGGCUCUCUGCUGCUAAGAACAAGCUCACCUCCCUGUUUGACAUUCCUAAUGGUACUAACUGGAUCGGUCUGCGUAAGCUGGAGGAGCUGGAUGUGUCUGACAACUGUCUGACCAGUCUUCCCUCUGCUGUUCUUCACUCUUUCAAAUCCCUCACUUCCCUCAAAGUCUGCCGGAACAGACUCACCAGCUUCCCUGACCCCUGGGCCUGCCCUCUGAAGCACUGUCGAGCCUCAUCCAACGCCAUCGAGAAUCUUCCCAAUACCAUCUCCAUCUUCUGGAGAACUCAGCUGCAGGAGGUGGAUUUCUCAGACAACGUCAUCAAGGAGCUGCCCUCCUAUAUAUUCGAGCUGGAGGCCCUGGUCUCUCUCAGACUGUGUAGGAAUCAGAUCUCCACUCUCCCGGCACCCAACAAGUGGAAAUGCUCUCUGCUCAGAACCCUUGACCUCUCCAGGAACCAUCUGGGCAAGACUGAGGAGGGACCCAAAACCAGGAAACUGGCCUUCCUGACCACAUGGCACCGGAGAGACCCGGACCCAGUAUGCCCAAUCGAGUUUCCAGUAAUUUUGCGGGAUGCUUUGGAAGUGCUUUCCUUGAACGACAACCAGCUGGAGUGUGUGCCCCAGUCUGUGUGUGGUCUGAGAAACCUCAUGGAGCUCUACCUCUCCAAUAAUCCAGGUAUUCGGGAGCUUCCAGCUGAGUUGGGGCAGCUCUCUAACCUGUGGCAGUUGGACAUUGAGGACCUCAACAUCACUAAUGUUCCCCAGGACAUCAGGAAAGAAGGUCCAGCAUCAGUGCUGUCCUUCCUCCGAGCCCACCUACGGAAGGCGGAGCCCUGUAAGCUGCUGAAGCUUCUUGUGAUUGGUCCUCCUCGGCAGGGAAAGACAGCCCUCCUGGAGGCGUUGCAGACGGGCAGGACCUCCCCUUUCUCCCCUGCAGAACGAAACAUCAGCACAGCUACUUGGGAACUGGAAAGACCCAAUGGGGUUAAAGCUAGCGCGGACUCCGUGGCGUUCAACGUGUGGGACAUCGGCGGUCCGGCCAACAUGUCCACGGUCAACCAGUGUUUCUUCACGGACAAGGCCCUGUACGUAGUCAUAUGGAACCUAGCUCUGGGAGAGGAGGCUGUAGCCAGUCUACAGUCCUGGCUGCUUAACAUUGAGGCGCGUGCCCCUAACUCUGCAGUGGUGGUGGUGGGCACCCACCUGGACCUGAUCGACACCAAGUUCCGUACAGAGCGGGUGGCCACUCUGAGGGCCUACAUCCUGGCACUAUGCAGGUCUCCAUCAGGCGCCAGGGCCAGUGGCUACCCAGACAUCACCUGGAAACACCUGCAUGAGGUAUCGUGUAAGACCCAGGAGGGUCUGGAUGGUCUGAAGAGGUUGAUCUUCCAGGUGGCCUGCUACAUGAAGGACAACAGCAGCAGUUCAGCUAGCGGACACAAGCUACUGGGCAGACUGAUCCCAAAGAGCUACCUUACACUGCAGCAAGCGGUGCUAGAUGAGAGGGGUCGGCGGGACACAGAAGACGAGGUCCAGUACCUGACAGACGCACAGCUGGACCUCGUCAUAGAGCAGAACCCAGGAAGUGACAUCAGAGACUACGAGGACCUGCAGACCGCCAUCAGCUUCCUGAUCGAGACAGGCACCAUCCUCCACUUCCCAGACACCAGUCACGGCCUGUGUACCCUCUACUUCCUCUGUCCCGUGUGGCUGUCGGACUGUCUAGAGCGGAUCAUCCACCUGAAGAGCUCCCGAUCGGUGGCCUGGAAUGGGGUGAUCCGAGCGGAGGAUCUGCGCAUGCUCCUGGUGGGAACGGGCUUCACCCAGCAGACGGAGGAGCAGUACUUCCAGUUUCUGGCCAAGUUUGAGAUUGCUCUGCCUGUGGCCAGCGAUAGUUACCUCCUCCCCCACCUCCUUCCUCCUAAGCCUGCUAUGGACAUCCACGGCUUCCGUCAAGAGACCGCCAACUCCAUCCAGCGCCUCUUCAAGAUGAGCUUCGUGCCGGCGGGAUUCUGGGAACGCUUUAUCGCCCGCAUGCUCAUCAGCCUCAACGAGAUGGACCUCCAGUCCUUUGAGCCUAAGAGGAAUGCUAAGAGUGAGCGGAGGAGGACCACGGUGAUCUACAGUUUUGCGGGAACAGGUAGCCAACAGAGGCACCGCUGUAGCACCUUCAGAGUCCGCCGCAGUCAGACCAUCUACUGGAGAGAGGGACUACUGGUCACCUUUGAUGGAGGGUAUCUAAGUGUGGAAUCGACUGAUGUCAACUGGAAGAGGAAGAAAAGCGGGGGCAUCAAGAUCAUUUGCCAAUCAGAGAGCAGGGAUUUUUCAGCCAUGGCCUUCAUUACGGACCAUGUCAAUUCCCUCAUCGAACAGUGGUUCCCUGCCUUGACGGCCAGUGAGAGUGAUGGGACCCGAUUGAUUGAGCAGUACGCCCCCUGUCCCCAGUGUUCCUCCAUGAGCAGACAGAACCAGGGGCCUGGGGAUCUGGGGGAACCCCCAACCAGGGGGACUGCAGCUGGGAGAAGAGGAGGAGAAGGCAGAGAAAAAGAGGGAGGAAGAGGAGGGCACUUCUUCAACAUGGAGGACUGUGUGAUCGCUGCCAUGGGCCAGGAGUACAUAGUGUGUCCCCAGCACACCAACCAGCCUGUGCCCCUUCAGGAGCUGGUCCCAGAGCUUUUCAUGACCGACUUCCCCUCACGGUUGUUCCUAGAGAAGGCCCAGUUGGAGUGUAGUGAGGAGGAGAGUGAUAUUCUGGGCCAGGGGGGCAGUGGAACUAUCAUCUAUAGAGCCUGUUACCGUGGCCAACCAGUCGCCAUCAAACGCUUUCACUUCAAGAAGUGCAGGCAGCAGACCAUCAGCAGUGGUACAGACACCAUGAUGAAGCAUUUUCAGUCCAUGGACGCGUGCCGGAGCUUCUCAGAGUUCCGCCAGGAAACCAGCAUGCUCCACUCCCUACAGCACCCGUGCAUCGUGCUGCUGGUGGGAAUCAGUAUUCACCCGCUCUGCUUCGCCCUGCAGCUGGCUCCCCUGGGCAGCCUCAACAUUGUGCUGGAGGACAGACAUAAAGGCUCCAGGUACAUGCCCCUGGGUCACAUGCUCACCUUCAAGGCAGCCUAUCAGAUUGCAGCGGGGCUGGCCUACCUGCACAGGAAGAACAUCAUCUUCUGUGACCUCAAGUCAGACAACAUCCUGGUGUGGUCCCUGGAGGUGUGUGACCCGGUGAAUAUCAAGCUGUCAGACUACGGCAUCUCGCGCCAGUCCUUCCACGAGGGGGCACUGGGUGUGGAGGGCACGCCGGGCUACCAGGCCCCCGAGAUACGCCCAGGCAUUGUUUAUGAUGAGAAGGUGGAUAUGUUCUCGUAUGGGAUGGUUGUGUAUGAGUUGCUGUCAGGUUGUAGGCCUGCGUUGGGCCAGCACCAGCUCCAGAUAGCUAAGAAGCUGUCUAAAGGGAUCCGUCCCACCCUGGGAAACCCAGAGGAAGUCCAGUUCCACUGUCUGCAUGGCCUGAUGAUCGAGUGCUGGGACACUAAGCCUGAGAAGAGGCCCCUGGCCAUGCAGUGUGUGAGGCAGAUGCAGGAGCCCAGUUUCCCAUGUCUGAAGUACCUGCUGGCCUGUGACACACACUCCCAGCUCUUCCUGUCCCACUUGCAGGGACACAGCGCUGUCUUCUGGGACGGGGACAAGGACGACAGGAACUACAGUGUGGAGCAGGAAGUGUUCAUCUACAGUCUAAAGGAGAUGUGUCCACUGAGCCAGCCCCAGAAACAGAUCUCCUGUCCUGCUAUAGUCACCUGUCUGUUCCCCGUGCCCGCCAGAGACCAGACCCAGGCGUGUGUCUUCAUGGGGAUGUCAGACGGUCUGGUGGCAGUGUACUCUCUAAUGGAUGACAUGCCUGUGGAAGGAGAGACCUACCUGUGUUCUCACACCCUCAAUAUGACCAUGUUUGGGAUGGAGGACUCUGACCCCAGACAGAGACCCUACCCAGUCAGGAGCAUGGUCCUGGUCCACAGUGGAUCCCAGCUGUGGUACUCCCAUGGUCCAGGCCUGCUGGUGAUCGACUGCCGGACCCUCCAGGCGGUGCAUCGACUGGACCCCUACGACCCACCAUCCUCCAUACAGGCCCUGGCCUCCAGCCCCUGUCUGUGGGGGGAUGAGGCGGUGUGGACCCUGGACGACCACACCAACACCCUGCAGCUGUACCACGCUGCCACCUACCAGCUCUGUGCCACUUACAGCUGUGGAGAUGCCAACCCUCUCCGGGACGUGUUCACUGUAGAGCGACCUGCAGGGGUUACCAUGGCUACUAGUCCUGACCUUGACUCAAAGAGGAAGAGUCUAGAUGAGGAGGAGGAGGAAUGUCCUAACGACAAAGUGACGCUGAUCUACAGCGAGGAGGCGGGAACUCAGAUCAUCCAGCACCAGGAUUCGCUGACGGACUACUGCUCCAUCUCCUCUGACUCCACCCCUUCGCUGGGAUUUGACCGAUCCGGCCCCUUGUCAGAGCCGCUGGGAUUGGACAGAUCCAGUUCCUGCGCGCUCAGCUCAUUGGCUAGUUCCAGCAGUAUGCCUUUUUCCACUGAGGAGGAAGAGAGGCCUCAGGACCACCCAGACGACCCUGACCCUGUGGUGAACUCUGACCCCACCACAACCUUUACCACCACCCCCCCCCACCUGCAGGCCCUCACUGUGCUGGCUGUCAAUGGAAGCCUUUGGAUCCCCAGGAGUGGUGGUGACGUGAUGGUGAUCGAGAUCCAGCGGCAGACAGGACAGCUCAGGGGGCGUGUCAUCGCUGUGCUCUGCCCCCCUGGAACUUCCUCUUACGGGACCCUGGAGGAGGCCGCACUGGUGGCAAAGGACACGGUUGUGUGUGGCUUUCGCAACGAAAAUAGGGCCUGGUGCCUGUGUGUCUGGCGGGGCUGGGGCCCCCGUGAGCUAGAGGUCUUCUACCAGUCCUACGAGGAGCUGGGGAGGCAAGAGACCAGCAUGAGGAAAAGAAGGUAGCCGUUGUACGGCACCGGCCGUGGUGUCCCAGGCAGAGGCUAGCAGUCACAGAAUCAUAGCUCUCUGUCUGUCUCUGUGUGUGUGUGUGUGUGUGUGUGUGUGUGUGUGUGUGUGUGUGUGUGUGUGUGUGUGUGUG